UUCUUGUAUCUGCUCUGUCUUCGACUUUCGUUCCAUAACCUUGUUCGUUAUUUUUUAACGACCCUCAAAUGUCGUUCGUUCUUCUCAUCAGCUCGUUUCAUUUCAUUGUCGCACAUCAAUUGAAGAUCAUCUAUUCAAUUCGAAGCUCUGUGGACGAGAUAUGGAUGUCAGGAAUCUCGCCAAGUUGAAAAGGCAACUUGCCAAAGAAGACAAGAAGAAGGAGGCUCCGGUGCAGCAGAGGGUGGUGGAUGAGAUAUUUCCGAAGGCACGACAGGGAAUGCUAGUGGGCCUGUGGUGAAGGCUGCCGUCGGUGAAGAUGCCGGCUCUACAGCCGAGGGCUCCCCUGUCGAGGAGCUAAAGAGAAAGCGGGUCGGGAAGGCCGCGGUUCCCCCGGAGGGGAAGAAGCAGAAGAAGGGGCCUUCGAGAAGAAAGAGGCCCCCGUUGUCAUUGUCGAGGAACAUUCCUCUUCAGAGCCCCCAGCUCAAGUUACCGGAAUGGCAUGGCCCCAGGAGAACGUGAAGUUCUCUAUCACCAAGGGGACUGCCAUCAUGCACGGCACCCUCAGCCCGAGGGAGUUCCUGAGGGGUGCCACCCCUUCGACAGACAAGUCGGUGUUGUCCCGACAGGCUGACGAUGCCCUCUGCUCCAAGGUCCUCCAGGCUUCAGUCACUUCUUUCGUAGGCAAGCAUCGGCCUAGGUGAGCUUAUUCGGAGGAUGGAGGAAUCUGCUCUCCAGAAGCAGAAGACGGAUGAAGCCUUGGCGGAGGCCCGAAGGCAGCCUCAGAAGGCCGAAGAAGCUUUCUAAGUGGACAAGGCGGCCUUCAGUAAAAAUCUUGAGAACUCCAAGGCAGUGGCCAAGGCCGAGGGAAGAGCUGAGGCCGAGCAGAUUGCAGCUGAGGCCGCCAGGAUAGCCAUUGAGAGGGCCGAGGGGGAGAAGAAGGAGGCAGUAACCCAGGCCGAGAACGGUGCAGUGGCUGCUUUCGUCGUUGAGGGCUGGAAGGCUGAGGGGCAUCAGCAGUGGGUGGCCUCGGUGGUGGAGGCCUUGGUAGAUGACUGGGUGAAGGGCCGCGGCGCCAUGUGGCUAGCCCGGAAGGGAAAAGAGUAUUACGAUGGGGGUGAGUACUUCACUCAGGCCCUCAUCUACCGAAGGCUGGCUCGGCAUUUGGGGGUGGACCUGAAGGCUUUUGACCCGGCAGCUCAUGGUCUUCCUCCUCUCCAGCCUGAUCCCAGAAUUCCCCUUCCCGAGGGUGCUACAAGACCUGAUUUGGAAGAUACUGUACUGAUUCAGGAGGCUAACGAUGAAGAGGAAGAGGCCGAAAAGGAUGCCACUUCGAAGCUUGUCGAGGGGGGUGCUGCUGAGGCUGAUGAUAACCAUGUUCUUGUAUAAUUUUGAACAAUUUUUGUAAUGAAUAUGUACAAUCCUUCGGCUUCGGCCUUCAUGUAUAACAAUUUGCUUUUCCAUUUUGUUAAUGAUUGCCUUCUUCUCCUUGUCUGUUGUUUGAAUGAAUGCCUUUUAUGUUAUUCCCUGCCUUCUUUCCUUUCGUGCAUGAAUGUAUGUUUGGUUAAACGUUUGGCCGAGGGCCCAACAUUUAGGACUUAGAAAAAAUUUCCAAGUGUUCGUCCUGUGCUAGGCCUCCGGUCGUUGCUUCCUUUUUGAUCUUGUGUAGCUUGUUCUGGGUUGACCGAGGGCCAAAAAUUUAGGACUUAGAAAAUUUUCGAAGUGUUGUUUUUAUCUCCUGAGAGAAUUGGGGCCGUAGCAUACCGAUUACAGUUGACUCCAGAAUUGGAGAAAAUACAUAAUGUAUUCCAUGUGUCUAUGCUUAAGAAGUAUAUUCCGGAUCCAUCUCAUGUACUAGAGAAACC